AUGAGGCCUGAUAAAGCUGCCGCUGCAUUGUCUUCGGCGUCGUCGUCUUCUUCUCCGGCGAGUUCUUCCUCUAAAGCCGCUGGCGCUGCGGCGCCGGUUGUUGCAGCAGCGUCUCCUAUAGGCAGCGUCGAAUAUACGACGGGCAAUAAUGGCCUCGAGAAGGUGGUUCUCCGCGGCCCCCGUCGCAGUUCCGCUGAGGUGUAUUUGUACGGAGCUCAGGUGAUGUCGUGGAAGAACAAAUUGGGAGAGGAGUUGCUUUUUGUGAGCACAAAGGCUGUGUUCGCGCCUCCGAAGCCAAUGCGCGGGGGAAUUCCGAUUUGCUUUCCUCAAUUUCUCAACAAUGGUAUGAUCGAGCGGCAUGGAUUUGUGAGGACCAGAUUCUGGAGGAUCGAUACGGAUCCACCUCCGCUCCCCACCGCCGCCCCCUGCAGCUCUUUCAUCGACUUGAUUACCGACGAACAAGAUCGCUGGACUUGGCCUCACAAAUAUGAAUUUCGGCAUAGGGUUGCUCUGGGGUACGAAGGGGAACUGCGAUUGACGUCGAGAAUCAGAAACAUAAGACCAGAUGGGAAAUCGUUUUCGUUUACAUUUGCUUAUCAUCCCUACUUGUUUGUUUCGGACAUAAGUGAAGUGCGCGUGGAAGGAGUGGAGACGCUCAACUAUCUUGACCACUUGCGGGACAAAGAGCGUAUUACUGAACAAGCCGAUGCCAUAACUUUUGAAUCCGAGGUGGACAAGGUGUAUAUACUGACCCCGACAAAGAUAGCAAUUUUGGAUCACGAGAGAAAGAAAACCAUUGAACUGCGGAAAGAUGGGCUUUUGGAUGCGAUUGUGUGGAAUCCGUGGGACAAAAAGGCAAAGGCUAUAGAAGACCUUGGGAACCAAGAUUACAAGAGAAUGGUGUGUGUGGGAGCCGCUGCCAUUGAGAAUUUCAUCACACUGAAACCUGGAGAAGAGUGGAAAGGAAGAAUGGAGCUUAACUUCGUUCCUUCUAGCUACUGUAGCGGCCAACUCGACCCUCAGAUAGCUCUCCUUGGCGGCUGA